AUGAAGGAGAUGGUCGGUGGAUGUUGCGUUUGCGCGGAUGAGAAUGGUUGGACCGACAAUCCGUUGAUUUAUUGUGACGGAGAGAAUUGUGAAGUCGCCGUUCAUCAGGGAUGCUACGGAAUUCAAGAAGUACCCGAAGGUGAAUGGUUCUGUGCGAAAUGCACGAAAGCGGCUUCUAUGAUGCGUGGAAGUAUAAACGAGGAAACAUUUUGUUGUCAAUUGUGUCCAUUUGAUUACGGUGCAUUGAAAAGGACGGAUCGAAAAGAUGGAUGGGCUCACGUGAUUUGUGCACUUUAUAUACCAGAAGUACGAUUUGGAAAUGUUCAUUCGAUGGAACCAGUAAUAUUAUCGGAUGUGCCCAUUGAAAAAUUUCAAAAAAUCUGCUACAUCUGUAACGAAGAACGACCCAAUGACGCCAAAAAGGGAGCCUGUAUGUCAUGUAACAAAUCGACUUGCAAGAGAAGUUUUCAUGUGACGUGUGCACAGCGAAAAGGACUAUUAUGCGAAGAGGGAGCUAUUAGUAGAAAUGUAAAAUAUUGUGGAUAUUGCGAGAAUCAUUUGAAAAAAGCGAUCAACGAUCCCGCAAUCAAAGUUAUCCCGGCGUGUCCACCCGUUCAACGGUUCGUCAAAGAGCAAGAAAAGCACAAAAAGACGGCGGCGGCCACCUCAACUACAGUACUUCUAACACCUCCUCCACCUCCACCACCGGUGCCAAAGGUGAAUCAUAUGCUUGCUGACCCCUUACCAAUUAGACCUCCGACGAAUCAAGUGAACUCUGUUCUGGGUCUUGGUUCAGCCAUCAACGCUGUCAGUCUAGACGAGAGGCCUUCAUCGACGUCGGCCUCGGAGAAGAACUCCUCAUCUGGAAUCUUCGCUCCGCCCCCUACUGCCUUCUCACCCCCGUUGACUACUUCCAGUAGGUCUUCGGUUGCACAGAAUCCGACGCCUCCAUUGCCAACAAAAAACAGUACAAGUUCAUCGGGACCGUUGAUUUCAUCGACGGCACAACAGUCAGCGACAACGUCUUCAGAAAAAGGAAAUAUGGCUAACGGGAGUACGCUUCCAUCAUCUGAAACAACUGUUGGAAAUCAUUGUCUGCAACAGUUACAAAUCCAAUCAGCUGCUGCUGCGGCGUCUUCCCAUUCGAGUUCAGUUGGAGAUCUGAAUGGUUAUCCGGCUGCUAGUCAACUUUCCAGUUUUAUGCAUGAAAUUCCUGCUCGAAAUACGACAAGUGUGGCUAGUUUAUUGCCUCCCGGAGCUGCAGAAUAUCAUCUAAAUGGAAGUGGAGACGAGGAGAAGACCGUGAAAGCAGUGCUAACAGCCCCUCUAGCGAAAGCAAAACGGAUGAGAGAUUCGAAAAAUGAUAUGCUUGAUAAAACGAAUAAGAGGCCGAGAGCCAACGGAAGACCUCCUGCAGUCCUUGGAUCAUCAUCCUCGUCAUCUGGUGGAACUGUUGGAAAAUCUGCAAGUAUGCAGAGGUUGAUGAAUCUAGUACAACCUGUCGUGUCAGAAGUUGUCACAGAUUUCCAAAGAGAUCGAGUUGCGGAUCGAACGGCGGCGGAAAGAAGAGCAGCUGUAGCACAGUCACAACCCUCUACAUCUACAAACGGAGGAAUUGGAAUGGCGCCAAGUGCACCGAAUCCUACUGUAGAAACAGGACAUUUGAACUCAACGAAUCCGACAAAUCUGGUAAAUGGCGGCUUGUCGAAUGCUCCGUCGAUUUCUAUACCAGGAACGAGUACUGAAUCUGCCCCCGUGAACGGAACUGCAACACCGCACAAUGCGCGACAAAACCUGCCUUCAUUCAUGGAACAACUAUUAGAAAGGCAGUGGGAUCAAGGUUCAACACUACUCAUGGCAAAUGCUCAUUUCGACGUGGCACAACUCUUGAGUUGUCUUUUCCAAUUAAAAUCUGAAAACAUUCGACUGGAAGAAAAUUUAACAAGUCUUCGAAAACGAAGGGAUCAUCUAUUUGCAUUGAAUUCGAGGUUGGCUGAAGUGAAUACAUUAGAUGUAACGAAGAGGCAAAGAGACGGAAUUCUACAGCAUCCCGAUUUGUCAACACCGAAAUUAGAAGUUCAUAAACAAGAGCCAACAUCGUCUACACCACUUCCAGCCAAUCAUAGCAGUGUUCUUUUCGAAGAUGUCAAGCCAACUAAGACCAACUCGCAUCAUCGGAAAUCAGCCGGCCACACUCCAGCAGCAACUCUUCCAGCUCCAGUUCCACUCACCACAGCUGCUGCGUUGACAACCACCACAGCCACGACUCUUGGAAACUCGACGAUUCAAAACCAUAGAGCAACGCCUUCGGCAGCCGGCACUCCACUCCCUGCUCAGCCACUCCUGACUACUAACGAGAUGGCUGCAUUGAGUCCAGAUAGACAAAACCAGGCUAACCAACAAGCUGCUAUGCUGAUGAACAUUUAUAGAACGCUGAAUCCAAUGGACGCCAGUGUUGCCGCUCAACUUCAGAUGAUCAACAGUUUCCAAAAUGUCAACCCAACAACAGCUCUUUUCUCGCGCAUUUUGGCUGCUCAACCUGGAAUGAAUCUUGGAAAUGUUAUGAACGGAGGAAUUCAACAACCUCAACAAUCACUUCCAACUCUCCCACCAACAUCUGCAACCCCAAAUGGAAAGUAG